GCGGCGACCCGCAGCGAACUCUUACACGUGCUGGCCCGGCCCGUGGCUCCGCCCACCGAGGCGGGGCCUGCCGGGAGAGGACUGCCCCACCCUCAGCCAAACUCAAUCAGGACCGUGCCCCCUGAGUUUGGCUGAAUGAUUGAAUAUCUUAAAGAUAACGAGUUCACACGACCACGCACAGAAACAGCUAUUCCUGACCCCGUUUCCGGGCUGGUGGAAACUGAGGCACAAGGUGCCCACUCACACCCCCAAGCGAGAAAAUGGUAGGGGCCAAGUUUCUAGCUAGGCGCCUGAUAGUAAUCUGACCUAUUCCACUGAAUGCAUUACAAUAAAAAUUCCUUGGGCAAACAAGGAUUAAGCGCCUACUAUGUGCCAGGUUCUGGACUAAGCACUAAGAUGCAGCAGGGUAGAAAAAGAGACAAUAACCCUGGCCUUUUGCAGGUUAUUCGUUCAGAAAGUCAGAGUCUCAACAAGAGAAACUAAGGAAAAUAUGAAGUGCCGUCCACGACAAGUGCCAUGGGGGGAGGGGGGCGGAGCUAGGAAGGGUUAUAAAGGGACAGGAUUACUGGGGUGAGGUUGGGAUCUCAGUUUUCUCCCCAUGCCAGGCCUGUGUAUUCGAGUUCUGUAAAUUAAGUUCUGUAUUGACGGAGUUCUGUGAGAAAACAAGGUCAGCUCCAGGGACAUCUUUUGACCACUUUAAAGUCUUCGGUUUUUUGAGACAGAAGCCUUAGGAGGGUUUGGAGCCCAGGAGGGUCGUGAUCACAUACACUGCUCCGAGACCUGGACUCGCCAUUAAAACCAAAUAGCCAACCAAUAGCCGCCUUCCGCUGGGGCCUCCUCCAACUUCCCUUGUCAAAGCUGCUCUCUGAUCGCUAUUUGAAGUGGCAUCAACACCCUGCCCCACCCUCCAACCUUGCAAGUUUUCUUUUCUUCCUGGCACGACCACAUCACCAUCUAGAACUGUUUGUUUACUCUCCUAUCUCCCCUCUCCCUAACACAAGCCCACCCACCCCCCAGAGGUCAGGGCCAGGGUCAGCUGGCUCUGGCCUGCCGGCUGUGUCCUCAGCCCAACACUGAGGGAAUUUCACAUGCUAAUCUCCUGGAGUGCCACUGCAAGCCUGAGGGUUCCUUCAUAUUGUUAUUCAGGUCUCAGCUCAAUCGUCCUCCAAAGACCAGAGGACCUCCCUGACCACAGGAUCUAAGAGAGCCCCACCCUGCUGAAGGCCUUACAAUUUACACUCCAUGACCUCCAUCUGUCCCCAGUUCCCUCCUGGGCUUCAGGUUUCCCAUCUGUUACCUGAGGUGGUUUCUUCUUCAAUGCCACCUCCCAUGACGGCCCAAUUAAAGACGCUCCCCCAACCUGCUACCCCCUAUCUUAUUUCCCUUAUUUUAUUCCUUUUGCAUACUUGUCAAGCCUUGAAGGACCUUGUCGGUGUAUUUGUUCAUGCAAUAACCACCUGGAGCUCUCUCAAUCUCCCUAGAAUGUAGGUUCUGAGAUAGACGGAGCCAAAUCCAUCUUGUUCAUGAACAGAGCUCCUAAUGGUUCAUAGUUCAGUUAACAGAUUGUGUAUUGAGCUCCUUCUAUAUGCUUUUUUUCCCAAAAUAUAUCUGCAGAGGAUCUCUGUACCAGGCACUGGGUCUUGGGGAUCCAGUGGGAAGCCGAGGUCCACAAGACUCCCCCCCCUCCCCCUUAGUGAAACUGUGGGGGAGAAUGAAUUCUGAGUUCAGAGCAGUGCGUUUCCAACUCAGGACAGACAUUCUGCCUUUCAGGGCCUCAGUUUCCCCUUGUAAAACGGGCUGUGGGGAGUCCUGCAGGGCAAAAUGACCGCCUUUGGUCUCUCCCAGUUGCUGCUCUGCAAGGCUUUUUCCUGGUGCCUGGCUGCUGAAAGCAUGAUCUCAAGGUUUCAAUAGGGACGGUGGGGUUCAGAACGGAGGUGAGGGGUAGGAGUGUGCACGUGUAGGGGGUGGGGGUGCCAAGUCCCACGUGCCUUGAAGCAGACGAGAGGAGCCCUAAUUUCUUCUUCUGUAAAAUGGACAUCCUGGACGUCCACACCUCGCAGACUGGUAGAUCAAGAGCUAGGCGCAGGGUCAAGACGCUGGCGGGGUGGCGCCCGGGGUCUGUGCUGGCUUCCGAGCCCGCGAGCCCGCCCGCGACCACGUGGGGCGGCGGCGGCGGCGCUGGCGGAACCCAGGCUCGGAGGCUCGCGGCCUGCCCGGGCCUCUACAGUCGGCGCGCCGGCGGAAGUAGGGGCGCCAGCCGCCGUGAAUCUCAGAGCGGUGCGUCGCGAGCACGAUCCCGCUCCUGUGUCCUGGCACGGGACGCUCACCCGCGUGCAAGACCCCGAGCGGCGGAAAGAGGCGGGUCCGCGCUUGCAGCGCCGGCUGCUGGGAAGUUCUAGUCCCCGAACGCCUGCAUUGGGGUGGGACUGCACUCCCAACGCAGCAGCGGAGACGUCCCCGCGCCAGGGGAUCCUUUCUUGCAAGGAGCUGACAGUUGAGCUGCCGAGCCAGGAAGAGCCUCACAAGAAAAAGGACAAUCCCAAUCACCUCUGUACGGAGCUGGGGCUACAGCAGAGGCAGCCCAUCUCGCAGGGAAAAAGACCAUAAGCAGACCAGUAAAUAGACAACAUCACGUGUAAGAGAGUGGCGUGCUUCUGAAGAGUGAGGAAGCCGACUCAGAUGAAGGCAGCUGAAGGGGAGAUCUUGAAGACAGGCUGCUCUGGGAACGGGGAGAAGGCGGUACAGGCAGCAGGAACCCCAGUACCAGGGCCCAUGAAGAGACCACGCCAGGUGUGCUGGAGACCCAGCAGGGAGGCCAGUGCGGCCGGGUGGAGAGACCAGGAUAAUGCAGACUCCGCUGGCCACUCCUGUGCCUGUGCUCCGGCUCCCCCGGGGUCCUGACGGCUUGAACCGAGGCUUUGCUCCCGAUGGACACAGAGCCCCCCUGAAGCCGGAAGUCCCUGAAGUCCUGGAGCCUCCAGAGUCUCGGGAAUCCCGGGAACAGCAGGCUCGAGCCUCCCUGCGGGAGCGCUACCUCCGCAGCCUGCUGGCCAUGGUGGGGCGCCAGGUGUGCUUCACUCUGCACGAGGGCGUGCAGGUGAUCGCCCACUUCGGAGCCACCGACCUGGACGUGGCCAACUUCUACGUGUCGCAGCUGCAGACUCCAAUAGGCGUGCAGGCUGAAGCACUGCUCCGGUGUAGUGACAUUAUCUCAUACACCUUUAAGCCAUAAAGACUUCAUCGUGUUCAUCUUUCUGCCUUGGGCGUAGCUACAGUCUCCCAGGCUCCGUAUGCUCCUGAGCUCGGACCUCUGGGCCCCAGAGAGUUCCGAACCCCCUUGGAAAUUUGCACCAAGCUCCAAGCAACUCUGACAUCUCUGGACAUCCAGGGUGUAGUCAGUAAACUUCUGCAACUCCAUGGGUUCUACAUCCUGUUGAAAGGAAUGCUCUACCUCACAGAACUCUCAGCUCUACAGAUAUAUGGGUUCCAUGCCAGUUCCUGAAGAUUUGGGACCGAGGGAGGGAAUAAAGGAAGGCAGAUUACCUAAUGGGAAAUUGUCUAUUGAAGAGGGUGCAAAGUUCAGCCACCCUGGAAAUAUUCCCCAAUGCUUCUCUCCUGCCAAGGAAUCAAUUAUCUCAGGAAA